ACCGAUCAGUAUUGUGCCGGUUUAAGUUCAAUGACUGAGACUAAUUUCCAGACAGAAUAACUUGUGUACCCAUGUAUAAAUUUUAAUAAAUCUCUAAUCAAUGUCAAAUCAAUAUAUCCAGUAUGUAAAUUUUAUGGACGUUACUAAACGAUAAAUGUAACUUAUUCACUUGCAAUAAUAGUUGAUAGUGGCAACGAAGGUGAUAGGCUAGUGUUGGACAAUACGUGUAAUAAUAAAUAAUAGAAAUAUGUACAUUAAAAAUGUCUUAAGAUUCUUAAACUCAAGCAUUACGUUAAAAACGUAUGGGCUUAUUUGUAUUGUUUUAUGCUCAUUGAUAAUCCUGUGGUUACACCAGUUGAACAGAGAUCAGAAUUCGUUGAAUCGUAGCAACCUCGUAGAUCAAACACGUCGUGAGGAUGCGUUAAUUUUGAAAAUAUUAAAUCCAUCUAAUCCAAAUUCGUAUUCGAGGACACGAAAAAUUCUUUACUGGACGAAAAUGUUCCAGAGUGACAAUUUUUAUUUUGGUGACGGCGACAUUUUCGCCGCAUGUCCAGUUUGGAAUUGUAUUGCUACCAACGACAGGACUAUCGAAGACGUAACAGAGUUUGAUGCUAUCAUGUUUCAUGGACCGGAAAUAGACAUUUUAGAUUUACCGAGGAAAAGAUACUCGCGGCAACGUUAUAUAUUUGUGGAUUUGGAAACGCCGAUAUAUCAUCCUAUACAGAACAGAGAGAUUUACAAAAAUUUCUUCAAUUGGUCUAUGACCUACAGACGUGAUUCUAGCCUCAUGAGGCCUUACGGUAUCGUCAGAAAUGUCAGAACCAAUGAGGUAAUUCCACCUCAUAUACCAGCAAUGUGGAAGGACGUGUCCAAAGGCAAAAUAAGUGAGAAAUCUCGGGAUAUAGUAAAAUCAAAAACACGUCAGAUUGCCUGGUUCGUGUCAAAUUGUAAAACUUUAAGUAGGAGGGAAGAUUAUGUUGACGUACUUAAACAAUACGUGGACGUGGACGUUUUUGGUUCCUGCAGUAAUUUUUCUUGCGACACUCGACUGGGUGCAGAGUGCUACAAAAUGGUGGAGAGGAAGUAUUAUUUUUAUUUGGCUUUUGAAAAUUCUCUCUGCAAAGAUUACGUCACUGAGAAAGCCUUCAAAUUUCUGGAAUACGAUGUCGUACCGAUUGUGUAUGGUGCUGUUGAUUAUGCUGGAGUAUUACCACCGCAUUCUUAUAUUGACAUAAUGGAUUUUAAGUCGCCGAAAACUCUUGCUAGCUUUCUAUGGGAACUUAGCUACGAUUCAGAAAGAUAUCUUGAGUACUUUAGAUGGAAGGAUAUGUACAAGGUACAAACGAUACCGAACGAACACACGCUUUGCGAACUUUGUCAGAAGUUGCACGUGGAGCCACGACUUCCGGAAGUAAUUGAAGACGUGUAUAAGUGGUGGACUAAGGAACAGUGUUGGAGAUUCGAUGGAACAAUAUUAGGAAUUAAUUGAAUGAUCUUAAUAUAGGACGAUUCUUAGUGAUUAGAAUAAAAUUAUCAGAUGGUCAUAAGAAAUUUGUUUAUUCAAUUUUCUAUUAAAUACAAAUUACUUCUUUUUUUAUUAAAGGUACCUUAUAACUAUGCGUAUGUAAUAAGAUCACAGCAAUAAGUCACGAUAAUAUUACCUUAAUGUUAUUAUUAGAUCUUAAGAAUUAAUAUAAUACUAUAUAAACAUCCAACAAUUGAUUUAAGCCUUUAGAGUACAGAGCCUAUUUUUGAAAUUUAAACGAUGGACUAGGCCCAUUAUUUUGGAGGAUCCAAAGUCCGUACUUUAAAGGUUAAAAAACAUUUCGUCAAAUAAAAAUAAAAAUCA